UCCACUCCAAACCGAUAGGGGGCAACAAGAAAUGACAUGGAUGGGGAAUUCGGGGAGGCGAGAGAGUACAACAAGGAAGCAUCUAAGUUGCCGAGUCUCUGAGAAGAUGGUGCUCAAAGAGAUUCCCACCGAGAACAUCGCCCGGCCGUUGGGUCGGAAUGAAGUAAUAGGACUUUUAUUCCGGCUGACUAUAUUUGGAGCAGUCACCUACUUCACCAUUAAGUGGAUGGUCGACGCCAUUGACCCCACCAGAAAGCAGAAGGUUGAGGCGCAGAAGCAGGCUGAGAAGCUCAUGAAGCAGAUUGGAGUGCAGAAUGUCAAGCUGUCAGAGUACGAGAUGAGCAUCGCUGCUCACCUGGUGGAUCCUCUAACCAUGCAGAUUACCUGGAGCGACAUUGCUGGUCUGGAUGACGUCAUCAAUGAACUCAAAGACACGGUCAUACUGCCCAUCCAGAAAAGACACCUGUUUGAGGGAUCCAGGCUGCUUCAGCCCCCUAAAGGCGUGCUACUGUAUGGCCCGCCAGGCUGUGGCAAGACGCUGAUCGCCAAGGCAACGGCCAAAGAGGCGGGCUUCCGCUUCAUCAACCUGCAGCCGUCCACCUUGACGGACAAGUGGUACGGCGAAUCCCAGAAGCUGGCGGCCGCGGUCUUCUCCCUGGCCAUAAAGCUGCAGCCCUCCAUCAUUUUCAUCGACGAGAUAGACUCGUUCCUGAGAAGCCGGUCCAGUUCAGACCACGAGGCCACAGCCAUGAUGAAGGCCCAGUUCAUGAGCCUGUGGGAUGGGCUGGACACAGACUACAACUGCCAGGUGAUCAUUAUGGGGGCCACCAAUCGUCCUCAGGACCUGGACUCUGCCAUUCUCAGGAGGAUGCCCACCCGCUUCCACAUCAACCAGCCUAACGUCAGACAGAGGGAAGAAGUGCUGAAGCUCAUCCUGGAGAACGAGAGCGUGGACACGGAGGUUGACCUGGGCGACAUCGCCAAGGACACGGACGGCUUCUCGGGGAGUGACCUCAGGGAGAUGUGUCGCGACGCGGCGCUGCUCUGCGUGCGAGACUUCAUCCACAACAGCCACAUCAACGACAGUCUGGAUGAGGACCACAUACGGCCCAUCCAGCAACAGGACCUGCAGAAAGCCUUCCAGAAGAUGAAGAAGUCCAAGUCUGCGGGGGGCCAGGGCGUCCUUAUGCACGCUGCGCUGGACUGAGCUAGCCUGGGGGGGGGGGGGGAGCUGGGGGCUGUAGUACCUGGGGAAUGACCAAGCAGGACCCCCACAUACCUAGCCAGCUAGCUAUCAGUCACUCACACAUGGCUAUAUAUAGCUCUCUGCUAUGUGGGGCCUGCAGUGUUCACCUGGUAAACUUGCUUUGUGACAUAUGGAACAUUCCUGGGGGGUUCAGUCCAUCACCCACAAAUAACAGGGAUAUCACUUAAUACUAUCUGACCUGUUUGUGUCUAUACACAUUGGACUGUGAUGUAGGUGGAUAAUCUCACUAUCACUGCUGUCCUCCUAAUCUGAUAUCGUCAUAACCAGCGUUCAUCCCAGUUGACUGGAUGUUCAGGUCAGGUAUUACUAUGUGAUUCUGCUGAUGGGUCAUGGGCCGUUUGGACACCUUCUGUGGCAGGACCGUGGCGUGUUGAGACUGUAGUCCUCCCUGGUGAUCUAGCCGACCCACUCACCACAGCAAUACUGGUCUAGCCCCCCCCCCAGCCCCUUCACACAUGCACACACACACACACACACACACACCCAUCAUCCUACUUAGAAGAACUGAACUGAUAAGAACUAUGCUGACCCCCAUGCUAUGGUGUUCACCUGCUCUCCACCUGCUCUCCUCCAGAAGGCUUUGCUGGAGGGGUGUGGCGUGGAGGCGGGGCUUGUUCCGUUGGGCAUGGAAGGCUGUUUUAGUUCGAGAUGCGUCGAAUCUCCACAGGAGGUUUGGAACAUCAGGACUAAGGACACGUUCAGUUGAAGCUCUUGAAGAACGUUGUACAUAUGUCAAAAAAAAGGAAUGUCGUGAAUAUAAUGUGCCACUUUUUUUUUUAAAUCACUUUUAACUGUGGGGUGUGUUCUUCAAACGAGGCGCAGUUCUUGUUUUUCUGUUUAGUCGGUCAGAGCUGCUUGUAUAGCACGUCAGGUUCUUGCGUUGGACUAAUACGAAUAAUUUAUAUCAUGCAUGUUACUUUUUUUGUUCUAGACUACAUUGUGGAACGCAGUGUCUCUUUCUGCUGUUAGUGGUCAACAGGACAAAGGGACAAACUACAUGCUCCAGGCAGGUUUACAGCUCCAUGGCCUUUUGGUCGUUCAUAAUGACGCAGUGCUAGCCUGGCCGGGCUGUACCAUAGCUGAUAGCUAGCUGAUGUUGCUAGGUAGUAGUUGUAGGUGGUGAAUUGAAAGGCCAGAGCCUACAUAGUCGUUACAGGUAUUUAUUCAUCACGUGUCUUGAGGAACUGGUCAGACGAGUUGGUUUGUGUGGAUGUGGUUAUGAGUGGCCAAGCUGUUUCUUUGUGUUUGUACCGGCUAGGUAGCUGACCACACAGUUGGACGCCCUCACAGCUGGAAGUGGGAUCAGUCGUGUGUAUGUGCGUUUCAUCGAGCCAGCCAAUCAGCUCUCAGCACUCCGCCCUCCUCCCCCUCUGUUGUUGUUGAAGACAGAUGUUGGUUAAGGGCAGAGUGAGUGACAGCUGCAUGUAUGCCUCUUCCCCUGCCCUGCCUCUCCCCCUGCCUCUGCCUAUUGCCCUGCCUCUGCCCUGCUCUCUCCCCCUGCCCUGCUCUUUCCCUCUGCCUCUUCUCCUGCCCUUCCUAUCCCUCAGCCUCAUCUCCUGCCCUGCCUCUCCCCCAGCCUCAUCUCCUGACCUGCUUCUUCACCUGCUCUGCCUCUUCUCCUGCCUCUCCCUCUGCCCUGCCUCUCUUCUGGUCUGGCCAUACAUCAGCAUGAUCAGGCUCAUCAGCCUGUCAUGAAUGGUUGAUCAUUGUAACGGUCAGUAGAACCAGGCUAAUGGAAGGUAGAGAACCUACGGAACAUGAUUUUCCUGUGCGUCUCAGAGAUUAGCAUCUGUUCACUGUACAUUUAAUACAAUGUCAUAUGGAUAAUUUGCCAAUGAAUGUGGAUGACAUGGAUGAGCAAUAUCUCCAUUGACAUUCUCUGUGUGUGAGAGAGAGUGUAGAGAAUUAUGUUAAGUUUUGACUUAUUUUAUAUUUACUUGUAUGUGGAUAUGUAAUAUAAUGUUGUUAAGAUGUUUCUGAAUUUGAUUAACAACAAAUUUGAAGUAUUGUCUGAAUUUUUGUUUCAGACAAUUUUACGUUAACAUGGAGAUGUUUGAGUCUGGAUUCUGAUGAAUGCUGAAAUAAAACAAUACAUUUGAA